UUAGAGUGAACGUUACGAGCUCUCGAAGAAACUUCAAUCAUGCCACCUAAAGCGAGCGGAAAAGCCGUGAAGAAGGCCGGCAAAGCCCAGAAAAACAUCAGCAAAACUGACAAGAAGAAGAAGAGGAGGAGGAAGGAAAGCUACGCGAUCUACAUCUACAAGGUGUUGAAGCAGGUCCACCCUGACACUGGAAUCUCCAGCAAAGCCAUGAGCAUCAUGAACAGUUUUGUCAAUGAUGUUUUUGAGCGUAUCGCUGCUGAAGCGUCUCGUCUGGCUCAUUACAACAAAAGAUCCACCAUUACAUCCCGGGAAAUCCAAACCGCCGUCAGGCUCCUGUUGCCAGGUGAACUUGCAAAGCACGCAGUCUCUGAAGGAACCAAGGCUGUUACCAAAUACACCAGCUCCAAGUAAACGCCUCUUCUACGCUGAUAAAACGGCCCUUUUCAGGGCCA